AUGCUACGCCAACAUGUUGCCCUUCUGUGCGCCUUCUUGCUGCCUUGUGCGCUAUUCGCGUGCUCUUGUCCCCAGAUGAUGUUCGAGGAUCUGAUUCGGGAUGAUCCGGUCUACAAGGUCUGCAGCCUGCACUAUUUGACCCACAUGCGGAUCAGCAAGCGCGAGAACUACACAUGCGAGCAGGAUCCGCUCCGUAACUUCGGCUGCUACAUGAAGGUCGAGGUGAUCGAGGACUUUUUUGCUCCGCUCAAUGAGUCCGAACGUAUGAACCCGUUGCCAACGAGUUUUGAGGGCGACUUGAACUCGGCAAUGUGCGGCGUGAAGCUGCCCGAGCCGGGAGAGUACAUUACAAACGCCUGGGCCGGCGAUAACGGAUUCCGGGAAAAUGCUUGCAAGGUUCAGCGUGAAAAGUACACUCCGGAGAAAGCAGCCGAGAUCCGCGCCAUCGUCAAGAAGUGCCCUCCUCAGCGUCUUUCCUGGAGUUUCUGGGAGGGAAAAGCCAUGGAGAAGGCCAAGAUCCCCAAGCCGGCCGAGCCCAAGUAU